UUUUUGAUAGUUUAUAUGUUUUGUUUUAUUAUAGGUAAAGGGAAGCAAGUUGAAGCCCUAAAUAUUUUGGCAGCUGGUUUCUUGCGUGGCGGACUUGGCUUUUUAAAAAGCUCUGCUGCUGGAGAAAUGAUCAAAGGUAGUGGACAUGUGAACCGAGAAAUUAGAGUUGGUGUCACACAUGCAUAUGUGGAAUAUGUGAAAUGUAUGGGCGGAUUAUGGCUUGAACGCAACAUUCCUGUAUUCCUGAAUCAUGUCCUAAAUUUGGUUGGUAGUCCAAAAGCUACUCCUACUCAUGUGGAUGCAGUCUAUGCUCGGAAAUGUGUUUUAUUUAUUCUACGUUCCACUAUUGGUGCACUUCUUGGAGAAAAAGCUCAAAUUGCUGCUGCCAAAGAGAUUUCCCAAAUUAUUAUCAAACAGAUGAAUGCAGUUGGAGAAGCUGUGAUGGAAUCAAAUGAUGGAAAGUUUCAAGCUUCAGAGGUAUCAGCCAGCCAGCAUGUGCUGGUGUGUGCCCUCCACGAGCUUGGUAGUUUGGUUCAACGACUGGGUUCUUCUGCUAGCCCACUUGUUGCAGAACCAGCUGCAGGAAUUAUUGAGCCAGUUGUUUCUGUACUGAUCCAUCCCAGUCAUGCUGCUCGUUUGGCAGCUUCUUGGUGCCUUGGCAGCAUCGCUGUAGCGCUCCCAUCACAGUUGUCUCCUCUCCUAGACAGAUGCAUGGAAAGAAUGGAAAAAUUGAAGAACUCUCCUGAAGCAAUAUCUGGUUACAGUAGUGCAUUAGCAGCACUUCUUGGUGGAGUCUAUCAAUGCCCUCUCGGUAUUCCCCAUGUCAAAGGCAAAGUAAGAAUGUGUUUUCUAUAUUACUUCAUAUAAUUUAUUUCAUACUAU